AUGCGUCUUAUCAGUGUCCUACUCGUCCUAGCAACCUCCACCAUGGUAGCUGCUCGGACACUCCCUAUAAUCGACUCGCGUUCGGAUAGCUCUGGCGGAUGCAUGUCUGACCGUCCUGUGGGAUCUGCGGUUGCGCGUGCUGACAUAGUAUGCCCCGAAGCCAUCAUGCUGUUGGUAUCGGUGGACGACUCCUCCCGCCGAAGUGCAAGAGAACUAGGAUACGCUCCAGAAUGCUAUGUGAAUACCAUCUUUGCUUCAGUUUCCACAAAGGUCCCAUCGGAGAUCUGGGAUAACUGUGAAUCGAUUGAUCAGAUCCAAGGUGUUAACUCAGCAGUCAAGUUGCUUGCCUAUGAAAGCGCGAGUAUACCAUUGUGUAGUGUAAUCCAGAGAAUGAGCUCAGAAUAUGAACACAAUAAGCCUGCUCAGAUAACAGGUGAUCCUGUGGAGGAGUCAAAGACAUUGCGUCCCAAGAGCUGUCUGCAUAGCAAAUUCUGGUGCAUUAUAUCACCACUUGGCCUGCCUGAACCAUGCCAUCCAGCUACUCCCGUAUCGCGCCGGCUAUCUAUAGCAGUCGGGGCCUUUGCUAUUCAAAUGGCUGUCAAGAGCAAUAUUCACCCUAUCAUCACCGCCGCGAGACGUAGCAUCUCAUUCGAGGAGACUCUAAUCGACCAGUCCAAGAGCGAUGCCAUGAUCGACUACCACAUAGCGACCAGUCCAUUGCCCACCAGAUCAAGAAUACCAGAGUCUCAAGGCGUUAGCAAGGGCAGUAGCAUUAAUAAUCUCGGAAUGGUGGUAUCGCACGGCGGAAAAGUGGCCGUUGUUUUGCCUGUGGAGGAUGAUGCGCUUUCUGCCAGUAUCAACAAAGCCAACGGAUAUUGCUGUGUUCAUACCGACCAGAAGGACAUUGAUCCUUUUAAAUACAUCGCCAAGGCCCUCUGGAUGGGUUGGUUCCAGCCGUAUCCUCAUCAGGCUGUACACGGCGGUCUUAGGGACUUCAGCAGACCUCGACGGAUUUGA